GUCCCGCACGUAUUCCCGCAGGGGGAGUCGCUGCCUCAUGCUGCCGGGUUUUGCAGGGACAGGAGACCGCAAGGGGAAGUUGUGCAUCAGUCUGUACGACCUCCGCACUGGCCUACGUGACUUGGGACGCAGCCAGCCUCCUGGGAUGUGAGUAGUGCUAUAUAAGAGACUGGACACCUCCCCAAGCUAAGGCUGUGUCUGCAGUGCAGCUUCUGCUCCUCUUCUCCAGGCCAGGUCUACAGCUGCGGCUAUGGCCAACCUGGGCUUUUUCCAAAUGCUAAGGAAAAACAAAGAACUCAUUCCUUUGGUUGGUUUUAUGGGCUUCGCAGCAGUUGGGGCUCUAAGUGUUUCUCUGUAUUUCCUACGCACGAAAAGUGAUGUGAUCGUUAACAAGUCUGGCAAUCCAGAACCUUGGGAAAAUGUGAAUCCUAACCAGGCUCAAAAGUUUAUAUCAAUCAACCAGGAGUGGAAAUCCAUAGAGGAGCUGGAGAAGGUCAAAAAGAUAAUGAAGUGACAAGUUGCCAUUGCCUCAAAAAUGUACUCUAUGAAUCUAGUGGAAUCAUUUCUGCACAAACUCGACUACUGAAAUCAGUGUGCGGAAUUGCUUCUGCUACAUUUUUAGGGUCUCCCUACAUUUUUGGACUCUGGAUGAGGAAUUUCAUUUUGCCUUAGUGGUUGCCUCAGAACAUCCACACAGUCCAAAAAUAAACAUCUCUUUCAGGUACUCAUUGUUUCAACAGUCAUGUUUAACUUGAUGUACAUUGUUCAGUUUGCAGAGUUUUAAGGGGUGGAAAAUCCUUCAUUCACAUAUGAGUUUUUUAGAAUGCUGAAUUAUUUUUCUUAAAAUGUAUUAUAAUUUUGUAAAUUUUCUAAUAAAAUGGGCACUUAUGUUUAGAUUUAUGCAGAAUUCCCUGUGACUUCAAAAAGAGCAGGAGCAAGACGAUAAUGAGUGUGAAAGUGUCAAUAUUCUUUUAAAAGAUCAUCUCCAAAAUAAGAACUUUGGUCUGUUGCUUCUUAGUUCUUUAUACCAUAUUUCAGUGAUGUGUGCUAAUUGUACCGAGAUGCUAUUUGUACAUGGCAGCAUAAGCAGUCAUAGUAGAAAAUUAGGCUUCCAGUUCAGAUUUGGUGAGUCCCGAUCCUACAAAGACUUACACAUGUUCUUAACUUUGCACCGUGUCAGUCGUACCAUUGACUUCAGAGGGACUACUCAGUGCAUAAAUUUAAGCACAUGGGUAAGUCUUUGCAGGACCAGGUCCUAAGACAAAUUAUCAGCACUUCAGUAUGAGUGAAACAAGAGCAAAUCUUUUGUAUUUGUAAGUUCCUGCUGUUUAUUCCUGUGAAAAAUUUAUUAAAGUAAAAUGAAGAUU